AGAAGCUCCACCUGCUCCUCGUCUCUUCCGGUUAAGGCCAUAUCAGCACAUUUUAUUUAUUGUAGUGUAUAAUUUUAUCCCAAAUCAGCGAUGAGGCCUGUUUUAUGACAGGGACAUUAUUACACGGUGUUUAUCAGUGUCAUAUAGAUCGCAAAGAGUCCUUCUGAACAAAGUGAACAGCAUCCAGUCAUGGAGGAGGAGAUAGUGGAGACACCAGAGGAGCAGCUGGCAAAGCAGCACCGCAAGGAAAAGAAAGACUUGCAAGCCAAAAUCCAGAGCAUGAAAAAUGCAAUCCCUAAAAAUGACAAGAAAAGGAGGAAACAGCUGACAGAGGAGAUUGCCAAAAUCGAGGCUGACCUCAGCCAGAAACACAAGGAGGAAUUGAGGCAACUUAAAUCUAACGCCAACACAAAGGUGGAGGAAGUGUUGAAUGGAGUGGAGACCAUGAAGGUGGAGGGUGCAGAAGAAGAAGAAGGAGAGGUCAAACAGCCACGUGUCACCAAGGCCCAGAAGAGGAGGGACAAGAAGGCUGCCCAAGAGAAGGAGAGGGAGAGCAGGAUAGCAGAGGCCGAGGUUCAGAACCUGCAGGGUGUGAGGCACCAGGAGGGUUUGAAGCUGGCUCAGAAACUCGCCCAGCAACAGCUUCAGAUCAAGGAGAUCUCCUCUGAUGGCCACUGCAUGUACCGCGCCAUUGAAGAUCAGCUGGCACAGCUAUCACAGCCGGGGGUAAUCAUGAGUGUGAAAGAGCUGCGGUCCCGCACUGCCGAGCACAUGCGAAGCCAUGCUGAUGACUUCCUGCCUUUCCUCACCAACCCCAACACCGGUGACAUGUACACAACAGAUGAGUUUGAGAAAUACUGCAGUGACGUGGAGCACACAGCAGCUUGGGGUGGACAACUGGAGUUACGAGCUUUGACCCAAGUUCUUCGCUUGCCAGUGGAAGUGAUCCAGGCUGACUCCCCAACUAUAAAAAUUGGGGAGGAGUUUGAUAGCAAACCCAUCACCCUUGUCUAUAUGCGUCAUGCCUACGGACUGGGAGAGCACUACAACUCUGUGGAGCGGCUAAAGGACCCAGCCAAUGCAGAAGACAGCUGAGAGGCAGCUCCGUCUCGGUGUGACAUAAACCAGUGUGUGUAACACAGAGAGUGUUCAAACCUCUCAUACCAAGGGCCCCUAAAUACCAACGUAUUUGGAGUGAGAUCCCCAUGUCAUUGAAGACAUUGUUAAACUGAGGUUAACAGAGAAUGUUGCUGUUUUCAGAAUGGGUCAAACACAUGGCGGCACUUCUCUAUUACAAGUCAAAAGAUAGCAGUGGGGAGAGUGAAAUCUCCUUCUGAAAACAGUAUCAUUGUGCUGAUGAAAUGUAGCAUAGAAGGGAAAUUUAACGUGUUAAUGAUUUUACACUGGACACCCUUGCUCUAUCCCAAUGACCCCCAGCAUUCAUUUCAGCCCAUUAGGGGAAGCAAUUGUGUACCAAGUACUUAAUCCAUAAUGGACAGGAGUGGAUGUAAGUUGAUCAGUCAUGUCACUCCAAAUGUCAACAGAGUCACUGAGGGGUUAAUGAACUUUUGCAGUGGUCUUGGAAUGAACUGAAUUGUGAACCUUGUAAAUCAUAUCAAUGUUACAUAAAUACAUACAAUACUAAAAUG